GUGGGACAGCCCAUCUCCUGUCGGACACGCCCCUUGUAUAAUAAGACUUUGUCUUCAAACUUUUGCUCAGAUAAACUAGGAGUUUUAUCUUUGAUAGACACAAACAGCCACUUGGGGGAUUAUGACAGAAGAAGAAGACAAAAGGGGCCCCGCAGAAGAACAUGGGCAAGAUAAACAGGAUCCUGAGGAGGGGGUUCAGCCCAGGGGAAAAUGGGCAAACAACAUGGAGUUUAUUCUCUCUAUGGCUGGUGAAAUAAUUGGCCUUGGAAAUGUUUGGCGUUUCCCCUAUCUGUGCUAUAAAAAUGGAGGAGGCGUCUUUCUCAUUCCUUACUGUGUGUUUCUCUUCUGCUGUGGCAUCCCUGUGUUCUUCCUGGAGACUGCAUUGGGCCAGUACACCAGUGAGGGAGGGGUGACCGCCUGGAGGAAAAUAUGCCCCAUGUUUGAGGGGGUGGGGAUUGCAUCCCAAGUGAUUGUAAUCUACUUGAACAUCUAUUACAUUGUGGUUUUGGCCUGGGCUAUUUUCUACUUAAUAAAUGCCUUCAAGAGUCCCCUUCCUUGGUCUACAUGUGAGAACUGGUGGAACACUGAUUCAUGUUUUAGUCGAGCUGGCCAAUUUGCCAAUCCUGACCUUUUUAAUAGAGGAUCCAACUGGUCAUUUCUAUACAACAACUCCCAUUAUACUUAUGACAGCGACAUAAAUCUCAAUUCUACUCUCCUCAUAUUUAACUCACCAGAAGAAGAGUUCUGGACAUACCGAGUGUUAAGAAAGUCAGAUGAAAUGUUCUUGGGUAAAGUGCACUGGGACCUGGCUUUGUGUCUCCUUUUCGCCUGGGUUAUAUGUUACUUCUGCAUCUGGAAGGGAAUCAAAACCACAGGAAAGGUUGUGUACUUCACUGCUACAUUCCCUUACCUAAUGCUGUUCAUCCUCUUUAUUCGUGGAGUGACACUUCCAGGAGCAGGAGAGGGUCUCAAGUAUUACCUCCAACCCAACUUCAGUAAGCUCGCUGAACCAGAUGUGUGGCGUGAUGCAGGAACUCAGGUGUUCUUUUCCUACGCUGUGUGUCAAGGAGUCCUAACAGCCCUGGGAAGCUAUAACAAGUACAACAACAACUGUUACAGGGAUUGUUUGUUACUGUGCUGUCUAAAUAGUGCAACCAGUAUCUUUGCUGGCUUCGCCGUCUUUUCAGUCAUUGGUUUCAUGGCUCAUGAUCUGAACAUUCCCAUAAGCGAAGUUACUGCCAGUGGUCCUGGUCUGGCUUUCAUCGUCUAUCCCAAAGCUUUGUCGUUACUCCCUGGUUCAUCCUUCUGGGCCGUGCUUUUCUUUCUGAUGGUUCUAUUUCUUGGUCUUGAUAGCCAGUUUGUGUGCAUUGAGAGCUUGGCUACAGCCAUCACAGACCUGUUUCCAAGUCGUUUGAGGAGACCUGGUGCCAGGGAGCUCCUUGUCCUGGUCAUCGCGGUUAUUUGCUUCCUGUUGGGGCUGAUGUUUGUCACAGAGGGAGGGAUGCAUCUCUUUCAGCUUGUUGACACCUUUGGUCCAAGUGGAACCAGCCUCCUCAUCAUUGCUUGUGCAGAGACUAUUGUUGUUUCCUGGAUUUAUGGUGCAGAUCGCUUCUAUGAUAACAUUGAGGACAUGAUUGGUUAUAGACCAACCCCUGUUUUAAAGUACUGCUGGAUGUUUGUUACCCCCCUCAUCUGUGUGAUUACAAUGCUGUAUAACCUGUCAAAAGAAAACCCAAUCAGUUUGAAUGGUGAAUUACCAGGACCAGCUGUCUCUGCAAUAGCUAGCCUACUUAUUGCCAUCCCACUGAUGUGCAUUCCAGCAUUUAUUUUCGUCUCUCUGUACAGGGAUCCAAACAACAUGAUCUCACCAUCUAAAGACCUGCGGCAAGUUUCCCCUGGUAAGCCCAUUCUGACGCUGUGCAACAUGGCCAUCUUUGAGGGACAGAGGCAACCAAGCACAAAUAAGGAUGAAAGGAACAUGAAGAUGAUGAUGGAGGAGCGGAGCCACGUUUGAUGUUUGCUGACAAUGAGUCUGGACUGCAUAAUAUAUAUUGCAGUUGAAGUUUUAUUAAUAUGUAUACAUUUCAGGGAGAUUUGUCUGGGUUUGGACGACACGUUUACCUUAUUGUUUGCUCUUUCAAUAAGCUUUACUCCUAUAAUCGUACAUAAGUUUAUGAAACGUAUACAUCUUUUGGUGUUCUAAUGCAAUAGUUAGGAUAUAUAUAAUCAUUUCUACAAUACGUUCCAUUCAUGUAUUUUUCAAACUUAUAGCUCUCACCAAAUAUAUGAAUUAUUAUGACAAAAAAAUAAAUAAGAAAUUAAGAGAGUGGAAGAAAAUAAAAGGGCAAGACAAGCCAGAAAUAGAAAUGGUUAAGAUAUGGAGAUGUGAUCAUUUUUAGUUUGACUUAAUUGUUGUGACCAAUUUGAUCUUUGCAUAGUAAAACUGACACCCAAAGAGAAAAAAAUGGUGCAGGUCUCAAGCUCCAGUCCCUAAGUGAAGAUCCUCAUUUUAUGAUGAUUUAUCAGUUGACUAGACCUGUGU